AUGGGAGAGCUCGAUUGCCUUUGGGGCCGCAGCCAAUCCGGUUACGAGGCCGGCAGCGGGGGGGGUGGGGUGGGGCGAGAGGUUCCGGGUCAGGGGGCGGGCCAGGGAGGCACGUGCGGCAGCGGUGGCCCCAGGUGCAGGAGGAUGAGUUCCCAGAGGGGGAACGUGGCCCGCUCGCGGCCCCAGAGACAUCAGAACUCGCGAGUCUUCAAAAAUGACAAGUAUGACACAAGCGCCCAGCGCAAGAAAAUUAAUGCAAAGCUUCAUGAUGGAGUGUGUCAGCACUGUAAGGAGGUCUUGGAGUGGCGUGUAAAAUUCAGCAAAUACAAACCAUUAUCAAAACCGAAGAAAUGUGUGAAGUGCCUCCAAAAGACUGUAAAGGAUUCUUACCAUAUUAUUUGUAGAUCCUGUGCUUGUGAAUUAGAAGUGUGUGCUAAAUGUGGAAAGAAAGAAGAAAUUGUUGUUCCGAUCAGUAAAGGACCACAGAAGAUGGAGAAUGAGACUACGGGAAAUUGCCAAAGAAGGCUCAGUAGAAGAGAUGAGUCAGAGGAAAGUGAUGAACUGGAUUUUGAUAUAGACUUAGAUGGCAUGGACGAUAAGAAUCCUGACAUGCUCGAAGAACAUUUUAAAAAUAUGAAGUUUGAAAGGACAGAAGUCUGAAACUGUUCCUGUAGAAUCUUAUAUGAAAGGCUAAAGUUCUAAUCAGGAGACUGUACAAUUGAAGAAAAAAGUCAAAGUGAUACCUGCCUAGUAUUUCUGCUAUGACAAUUCAGUCUGACAUUUGAGUGCUUGACACACUGCUAAUAUAAAUGAUCCAUUUUAUAUUUGAAUUUUAUCUCACAAAUCUUUAUGCAAGAGUGGGAUUCCUCAAGAAAAAAAUAAGUCAAUUUCUGGUAUACAGGGAAUUAUGGAGCCUUUCCACUUCCAGGUCACUGGUUUUAAAAAUCAUCCUGAUUGGAAAUGUCUGUCAUGUGGUGACUAUUCUGUUGUUUGUGCAAAGUGAGUUACAGAUCUCAGGCCAAAGUAUUAUGGACAAAUGGCUCUAGCACAGGAAGGAAAGGUAAACUGUCAAAAAUAGUGCUAAUGAAUGAGUCUAGAGACUAAACUACUUUCUUAGUCAUGUUAAUAUGCUCCAGGACAGGGUUCUGUGGAGUACUGCCACUACCCCCACACUUGCUGCUCAUCUCUUGUGCGUAAAUAGAGGAUCUGAAUGCUGUUAAGGUACCUCUCAUAAGCCAUAGUACUUCAACUGAAGUCAUGUCAUUAACAUUUAAAAUGUUAAGUGACAAGUUUGUAUCCUUAGAAGAUUCUCAGUGUGUAAAGACCACAAGACUAUUGUUUUUGGUUAGUGUAUAGUUUCACACAACUGAUUUUUCCUUUGAGCUGUAUUUCUAAUUCAGUUUGCAUUAUGAUUUGAGAAAUAAAUAGUGUCCUCUAGUGACAGUCACAUAUAACUGCAUUUAUUUUUCAGCUGCACUAUUGCCAGGUUUGAACUCUAAUCUAGUUCACGUGUGUGUUUUUGUAGGAACAGCCUUUCUGAAAUUAAAGCAAAUCAGUUUUCUGCAUUAUGGAGAAAAAGCUAUAAAAUAUGGACUAGAACAUCUUAAUGGGGAAUGCUUAACUAAAUUUAUUGGAAUAGAAUAACUCUUUUAUUACUUGAAUUCAGUAGCUCCCCUUGGUCGUGUGCUUUGCACCCUGAAAUACUACUGAAAUUAGCAAGUGUUUCAUCUGCUAUGGCAAUAGAUCCCAAGGCCAGAAGGGACAAAGUAUUAACCAAAAUUUUUUUUAUUAGAGAGCAUUUAAAUUAACCACAUAUGACUCAUUAUAGAAUUGCCCAGUUCUAAGGGACCUGGCUCAGUGUACACAACUGACCUACCAAACAAAGUGCCAUCUCAGAUGCCCUGUCCGAUUACAGUAGCAGUGAGCCACGGAGGUUGAACUUCCUUAUACCCCACUUGGAAAGUUAGGAGGUGGAACCCAAAUUGUGUGUGGUUUUUUUAGCCCAUGUAAGGCAAUAAGGGCUGGCUCCCAGUAGGUGGGAACUGCUACACCAUGGAUUUUUUUUAUCCAAGAAAUUUGAGCAAUUGCCAUAGAAUCUAAAUUGUAAAAGAAAUUGCAUGCAGGCUGCCAGGGAGCGUUGAGCAUAGAAAGGGCCAAAAAUGAGGAAUAAAAUUUGCUUCUUUUGUAUAAAGAGCAGCAGCAUUCAGAACCAACCUAUUCUCUGUGGCCAGCCACAUUAUAUUGCAUGGAAACAUUUCCCAGCCUUGUAAAAGGUUCUCUUCCCUAACUUGAACGUUCUGUUUAAACAAUCGUUUAAAUUUCAAUUUAAAAAAAGUAAAGGAGGAAGUAGUAGUAUAAAGAGGGAAAUGCUUUUAAAAGCUCCAAGUGCUUUGGAGACUGCAUUGACCUCCUCCGUAGGGAAGUGAGACUUACUGGAUUGGAUAGUAACUUCUGCUGAGCUAGUCAGUCAGUGUGGCCAUGACACCUUCUGGUUAGGGGGCAGAAAUGAGAAGACAGAGUAAAAGCAAGUAUUUUAGUUGGCUCUAUAAACAGAAAGUAGAUAGUCCCUCCAUAUCUGUGCUGGAGUCAGAAGACAGGAUACUGAUACUAAAGCAUAUAGUGUGGGGUGUUGGUAAGGAGUAGGUUAUUGUAGUUAUUAACCAGCUUUGCUGCAGAAACUAAUUGCAAAACUUGUAAUUAUUAAAUUGGAGAAGGAGAUGAGCUUGUGUUAUACAUGGACCUCCACACUGGAUUCCAAAAAAAUGUUUUGAGGAAAGUAGGAAAAUUGCAUGGAAAAGGAGAAAAGUUGGGAGAGGCAUAAAAAGACUUUCAUGCAAGGAGAGGUUGAAAGGAUUAGGGGAUGAUAGAUAUCACAGUGUAAAAUGACAAGGGGUUUGGAGAAGGUAAAAUAGGUGCUCCUUCAUAACACAAGUCUGACAGUCCCAGGCAAAAUAAUGGAAUGGCUCAUGCGGCACUGUUAAAGAAGGGUAAUAUAAUUAAUGUCAAUAAACAUGCGUUUGUGGGAAAUAGUUCUUGUAAUCUCAUACAAAAGUGAGAGAGGAUUCAAAGAAAAACCAGGAGAAUGAUUAAAGGAUUGGAAAAUAUGCUUUCUCAUGAGUGGAGUUAUGAAGAUGCCCUGUAGUUAAUUUGUCUACAGUAAAAACCAUGUUUUUAAACACAGCUACAUAAAGUUGUCUUUAAGAGGAUAUUCUGUAGUGUGUGUGUUGCAUUUGAAAAUCUGGAGAUUUAGUCAUGUCAAAACAUGCAAUUAACUCCCCUUUACUUUACAUAUCUUAUAGCAGGAGAAAAAAAUCUUAAGCAUCUAGGACAGUAAAAUAUGAGGUAUUUGCUGGGGUUACACUUAAGAGUGCCUGUUUCAGAUACAUGGGAAGUAUGAGCUCUUUUCUGAAUUUAGUCAAGUAUAUUGAUAUAACAGGCAACUCCACUGAUGUGAAUGGAAUUACUUCUAGUGGUCUCACACUGGUAUGAGCUGAAUCAGGCUCUGUGGGAGAGAUUUUAAGUCAGGACUCAGUCCAGGGGAUGAAGGGCUAAGACAGCUUUAAGCCACUUUGCACCCUCUGAACUUGGGCUUCUUCCAGAGCUGGAGAGACCCAGGGCCUGCCUAAAUUAUGCUGGGAGCAUCUAAGAUACAGCAGCCUUCUUAGGCCUUCUGGAUUGCAGGCUGGCAUAUGUGUUACACUACAUAAGGAGUGUAUACACUCCUUAGGUAUCCCUCUGCCACUCUGGAAUGCCCCUUAUACCAGGUGUAUUAUGGAAGUCUUAUGGCUGUCUUUCACAAUGCACACACUAGGGGGAUAUUCCCUAUAGUUUUUAAGGGCCCUUUAUGCUGCUCUGACCCAUUUACCCAGCAUAAAAAGAGACCAGACUGAGUGUGAGACUCUUUCACUGAACUUCAUAUACAUAGUGGGCGAGUAACAGAACAUGAAGCUGUAUCUACUGUCAGUAACCUUUUUAAAGAAAAA